AAAUAAGAAGAGCUGCUAAAGCAACACCUCAUUGAUCAUGGAGAUCCAGUACGCAGCUGAGCUAUGCUUUCAACAGCUGCCUAAUAUUUCCUGCAGGAAGCCAAGACUUCACUGGACUAAAGCUGCAUUUUUUAACAUUUUGCUUUCCAUCAUCUCUAUUAUUACUGUAAUUCUGAACCUGCUUGUCAUCAUUGCAGUCUCCCACUUCAGGCAGCUCCACACUCCAACUAACAUCCUCCUCCUCUCUCUGGCUGUCUCAGAUUUUCUUGUGGGGCUUCUGUUGUUGCCAUUGGAUAUUUACAGAAGCACAUCUUGCUGGUUUCUUGGUGAAAUAAUGUGUGCUUUUAAUUUUUUUCUUGCCUGCCAAAUUCCAUUUGUUUCAGUGGGUAAUAUGAUCUUGAUAUCAGUUGACCGCUAUGUGGCCAUUUGUCACCCUCUGCAUUACCCCACUAGAAUCACUGCAGUGAGAGCUAAAAUAUUUGUUUUUCUGUGUUGGUUCUGGUAUGGUCUCUACAGCUUAUUUUAUAUCCGGGAUCAGAUAACUGACCUCACUCAGCCUUUCAGGAAAGAUUCCUGUCUAGGGGAAUGUGCUUAUAUAAUUAGCUAUGCUACAGGAGUGGUUGAUCUCAUUUUUACACUUAUUUUUCCAGUAACAGUGAUUGUUUUUCUUUACAUGAGAGUGUUUAUGGUAGCUGUGAUUCAGGCUCGUUCCAUGCGUUCUCAUGUUACAUUUGUCUCUGUUCAACAUUCAGGUAAAGUAAGAGCAAAGAGAUCAGAGCUGAAAGCAGCCAGGACUCUUGGUGUUAUUGUCUUUGUUUAUCUGUUGGCUUUCUGUCCAUAUUAUUGUUAUUCUCUUGUAGACAUUAAUUUGACAGAGAGUGUAUUUGCAUACUUCAUGAUUGGUUUUGUUUAUUUUAACUCAUGCCUGAACCCAAUGAUCUACACUUUGUUUUAUCCCUGGUUCAGAAAAGCUAUAAAGCUCAUCAUCACUCUGCAGAUACUGAAGCCUAAUUCCUGUGAGACAAACAUGCUAAAAAGAGACUGUGGACUUACUGAAGCAACAUGACAUUGAUGGAACAUUACUGCCUGUGAAUUAUUAAACGCAGUUAAAAAGGUAAAAA